AUGAAUGAAGAUCUUGACAAGUGGCACGAGGCCUCGAGGUCCCUUCUGGAGGAGGCGCAUGAAAAGGCGCGAAAAAAGUCGAAUUAUGACGCUGAAAAGACGCGCCAAGAGCUUGAGGAACUCUUCGAGGCGCACUUCCAAAAACCUGCCCAUCCCUUUCAGAUUGAUUUCGCUGAGGCUAUGAUCCUCGGGCUCGACUCCAUUCUCAUUGCGGGCACCGGGGCAGGCAAAUCAAUCACGUACAUGCUUCCGGCAUUGCAUCAGUGUGACAAACUCGUCCUCAUUAUCUCCCCUCUCAAAAUCCUCCAGGAAGACCAAGUAGAACGGUUUCGAGCUCUCGGGAUGGAAGCAGAGGCUGUAAACGGUGAUACAUGGUCAGAAAAGUUGGAGAAGAUUCUCAUGGCACAGAAGCUUCACGCAGUUCUCACUUCGCCAGAGAUGUGCUUCAAACACGACUCGUUCCGCAAAUGGCUCCAGAGCGAGGCAACAGGUCAACGGGUCCUUGGUACUGUGGUGGAUGAGGCGCACUGCAUAUCACAAUGGGGAGGCGCUUUUCGACCUGAUUACAGCGUUCUCGACAAGCUCAGGACCAUUGUCCCAGCCGGAAAACCUAUCACCGCGCUCUCUGCUACGCUGAACCCCAACGCGCUAAAGGAACUGGUGGACGGGCUCAACUUCGACAUAGACGACACCUUCUUCUGGAACUUGGGCAACGACCGCCCAAAUAUCACAUCCUCUGUUGUGCAGAUGAAGAGCUCGAAGGAUUACAAAGCUGCGGCAAAUCUCCUCCCAGAUGUGACCGCCGUGUCGACCCUCAAGGACGUUCCCAAGGCAAUCAUCUUCACCGAUGCCAUACGCAAGACGCAGAUCAUCUGCAAUCGAGUUCGGAAGCGGUAUCCGCAGCUGGAGAAGACGAGCGUUGCCUUUCUCCAUGCACAUCGCACUGUUCGAGCAAAACGGCGCAUCAUGGAGGAGUUUCGUGCUGGGAACAUUAAGAUACUUGUGGCAACUGAGGCAGCGGGCAUGGGCGCUGACAUCCCUGACAUAGAGCUCAUCGUUCAGUUUGGUGUGCCCAAGUCUAUGUCAAUCUGGACCCAACGUGCUGGUCGUGGUGGGCGUGACCUACAGAUUCAAGCUCGGGCAAUCAUGCUUGUGGAGAAGUUGAUGUUCCAACGCAAGAAAGCCCCCAGCGCAAAGGUCUCUACCUCCCAAGUGACUCACUCAAAAGCAAAAUGUUCGAGGGCCAAGCAAGCAAAAAAGAGUAGAAAGCAUGGAGCUGUGACUACGGGACCAAUACCUCCACCCGAAACGGAGUCGGACAGCUCCUCAGACUUGGGUUCGGACCUGGAUUCGGACGCGGUGCCCGCACAUUCGGAGAUGGCAGGACAGGGUGCAGACGAGUCUGCUCACGAGACGGAUGAGGACGAAGAUGGGCAUGUGUGGGCAAAGGCUGUUGAUCCAGACGUCUGCGAGUACAUCACGACCAAGGCAUGUCGACGUGAUAUUGCCGACAAGCACUUCAACAACCCGCCGCGUCGUUCUCCUACCAGUCUAUGCUGUGACAACUGCAUCAACGCGGUUUCGGAUUCUCCCCCAGAAGACGAUUCAGAGCGACCACAGACGCCACUUGAUCAGUCUCCGCCCAGCAGCGUACACUCAACGCCAUCCAAGCACACGACCGCCAAUGGGAAACGUCGCAUGACACGUGCCAAGAAAGGGGAAGCGCCUAAGACACGUCGGAAAGAACAUCUCCGCAGUGCUAAAGCAAAUCUCUCAGACUGGCGCACCAUCACGUACCUGAAAGAAUACGCUGACAGCAAUUUCACAGAUAUUGCCAUUCUGCCAGAUAAAGUCGUGAAUCAACUUGCAAGUAAUCGGGCCCUCAACAUGGAUGAGCUCAAGGCUCUUGUUCCUCAAUGGGCACUUGCUGACAUCCAUGGACAAGCGAUCAUCGACCGACUUGCCCGCCUUGAUCAAGCGUAUAUGGAUGCUGUGGCAGGGGAAAAGCAGGCGAAAAAGCAGAAGAGAGCAGCUGAGGAACUCCGCAACGCAACCCUGCAAAGGCCUCUGAUGCCUAUUUCGACCAAUUAUCCGACACCAUCUACACCUGCUCCCUCGACUGCAUCAUUUGCCGUACACGACCUGCCAGUUGCAACACCGCAGGGCACAUUCUAUCAGUACAUGAUGCCUGGACAUUCACCGUCUGGGUAUGUUCCUGUCUUAUCACCAUACCCUACGCUACUUUACCAACCAUCUACUCCUCUGCUACAAACUACUACUCCGGAUGUCUUUGAUUCCUAG